CAAAACAUUUCAUUUCUUUGAGAAGAAAGAUUAUCCCAAUCUGUCGCAACAAAAUUGAUUUCAUAUGGUUUCUAAGAAUGGAAGGAUAUACAUGUACAACGGAAACAUAUAGCGACAUGUUCAUGAAGUAGAGACAAUGUAUAGUGAUAUCGGCAAUAACGACAAUUUUGUCUGGAAAGAUGUCAGGUAGCGUGUUUUACUAAAAACACUACUGCGCUAAUACGCGUACUAUGAUCAACUUAUGCAUGUGUAAUUUUUGGAUUGAAAGUAUUCGUAGCAAUUAAAAUUUACACUUGGAUGUAAUGCUGGAAAUGUGCAUGUAAUAUGUGUAACAUUAAAAUGGACAAAACUUAAAUGGUUCAGUUUUACCGCCUUGUAAAGUUUGGCAUGCAACUGAAUCUGACUUGCGAUGUUAGGAGUAAGGAAUUUUCGGUCGAGACAGUUACUUUGCUACUUGCUGUCAGUAGGCCUUGCGAUUAUACUUCUAAUAUCUAACUACUUAACAGGCGAUGUGAGCAGAUUAAAGAGAAAGAACGAACACGAUGAUGUAUUAGCCAAAGACAGUGAAAUAUCAGCAGUAAAAAUAGAAUCCAUGCUAAUAACAGAAGGUGAAAAAGAUGUACAAGACAUAAAGGUACAACUGAACAAAGAAGACGGAGCCAUUGAAAGUACGAAAGAUGUUUCAGCAAGAACUACAAUGGACAUGGAUAGAGACAUUACUAAAUUGGAUAAUCUGACUGUGUCAGCUGUGACACAAGAACUCGGCGUUUCAAAAAGUGACGUCCUUUCAAUUGCCAGGAACAUAAGUUUAUACAAUAAGGCAGUCAUGGUAACUGUAGUUAACGACGCGUUCCUACCAUUUGCUAACAGUUGGUUAUGCAAUACUAAAGACAUGGGAAUUCAUAAAUCUGUUCUAAUAAUUACAGGGGAUCACAAAUCGAAAGAAAACUUAACGCAGGACUGGCCGGCGAUAAAUGUGUUUGUUUCCGACAUUGGUACGCCUAAGGGAAACCAGGAAUAUAGUCACGUGGGUUACAUAAAAAUAUUAAUUCGUCGAACAGAAAUAAUUCUUUCCUUAUUGUUAAAUAAUAUAGACGUACUACUUUUUGAGUUUGACUACACAUGGUUUGCAAACCCUCUGGUAGAAUUUCAGGCAAUGACGGAUGUUGAUAUGUUGGUGAAUCCUGUUUCAGUUACAGAAGGGAUAUUCAAUGGUGGUUUAGUGUAUUUGUUUGCGACAGAACGGACACAAUCUCUGUGGAGACAACUAAAUGGAAUGAUGGUCGAGCUUGGUGACAGAGUGAAGAAUGAACCAGAUGAUAGAUUUAUACCUGAGACAGAGAAUGAUCAGCAGUACUUGUCAAGACUGGUUAACCAGAGAUUUGGAGAUAUCCGGAUAAAGGUACUGCCUCUGGAUAAGUAUUCUGAUGGUAUGUGGUAUAAACUAACGGCGAGUGAACGGAAUAAGACACACCCAAUACUUAUCAGUAAUAACUGGAUUAUAGGAAAUAAGAACAAGAUAGCACGAGCAAAAGAAUGGAGACACUGGUUUGUUAAAGAAAACGGUAGCUGUGACAACGAACUUGUAAGAAAGACUGUUUAUACUUAAUAACAUAAAAGAAACAAAGACAUAACAAGAAAAACUACAAAACGGUCCAGCAAUGACAAUGUCGUUUGUCUCCUUAAAGUUGU